AUGGGGGAGCGGGCAGAGGGGGUAGGGGGACGGUUAAGAUCCGGUGCCCUAGGUAAAACUCGUCGAAAUCCUAACCUUUUUAGCCGUAGUAGUAAGGGUAAAUCUGGUUCUUCUAGUAAAUCUAAAAUUCAAUUUAGAAACAAUAGGGAGGAUUUCACUCAUGUUGAUGAAACUGAAUUUUUUGCUCCCCCCGGUUUUCCUCCUAUUGCAGAAGAUUUAGAAUUACAAACUGAAGCCUUAGAUAGAGCUUAUGGUAAUUUAGAAUUUGAUGAUUUUGAAAAUUUAGAAGUAGAAGAAGGUGAGGAAUUAGAUUUAAAUGAGACACAUACUAGUCCCGUUACCGAAGCUUCAACUCAGACUACAUCUCAGUCUGGAGCUGGUUGUCCCCUUAUACCUCCUACUCGGGGUACGACUAAGGCGCAACGUUCUAGAACUAAUGUCGUAUGGAAAUUCAUGACUUUAGAUGACACUAAAACUCAGGCUAUUUGUCACAAAUGUAAACAAAUUAAAAAACACGUAAGCGGUGGAGGGGCAGGGGGGACGGGUGGUUUAGCUAGACACUUGAGAACAUGUGUUGGAAAAUCAUACUUCAAUGCUCGAUUAGCAGCCGGACUUAAAAACACACUGACCAGCGCUAGUAGUGCUGCUUCUGGUGGAUCCGUUGGGGGAUCUAAUAUGGUCCAACAAACUUUAAAUCGUUCUAACCCCGCUGUCACUCAAAUGGCUUAUAAUAAAGAUAGAGAUCGUGAAGAACUAGCUAAAAUGGUUGCAGUUUGUGGCUUGCCUUUUAGUUUUCCUUCUAACCCUGGUUUUGUGCAUUAUAUUAGAGCUAUGUAUAACCCUACUUUUCAAGGCAUUCCUAGAUCCACUAUUAGAGCCGACGUUUUUAAAUUUCAAAGUGAUUAUUGUCAAUAUAUGCGUUGUGUGUUCCAUUACCUAGAUACUAGAGUGUCUGUCACUUUUGAUAUAGGUCGCAGUGUUAAUGGCAAUGAUUAUUUAUGUGUUACGGCACAUUGGAUUGAUCAUAAUUGGAAUAUGCAAAAGCGUAUACUUGGUUAUAAAUAUAUUGAUGAGAAAAAACAAGUUCUUAUAUUUAUACAAAUGUUCUAG